GGAUGGCUAAAACAGCAAGGGAAGAACAAAUAAGCAUCGACAGAGAAGAACAGAGUAUCAAGAUACAGAAGAAAGAUCUGCAAAGCGGCAUCGGAAAGACUCUCUAUGUGCUUACCUUCCAUGAAAUACUUGUAGUUAAGGUAAACACAAAUUGUUCCAAGAUUGACAAAAUGGGCAACAAUGAUAUUUGCACUGCAAUAGGUCUGCCAAAUCUCAUAAUGGGUAUGGUGGCAAUCAAGUCUAAGAUAUUGUUUUUAGGCGGUGAAGAGCUUAUUAAAAAUGGUAGUCGUCCGCACUUUUGUACAAAUAGAAAUUAUGAUGAAAUCCUUCCAAGUAAUGUCUAUGAGCUGAAGCAAGAUAUCAAGUCCAUGACAGUAGGUGCUUCAGAGUUCAUCCCAAAUCUAAAUGAGGGAAAGCUAAUGCCCAUUGUCCAAAAAUUCGGCAGCAAGAUAUUUGUACUCCAGAGAAAGGCCUAUUUCGAGCGAAAUGUGCACAACUCAUGUACCAAAAAAUGCAUUUUUGAAGUAUAUGAUUUUUCUACUCCUACCGAAGGGUGGGUUGCUAAAUUUACGCCUAUCCAUGAUAUUGUUGAAUCCUCGGGUGGGUACACAGUGUAUACGUACUGUCGAGUAGCGGACAAGUUAUACUUGAAUGUCGGUUUAGAUGCAGAGAAUAAUUUGGUUUUUGAUCUAAAGACGGAGAAAUGGUCUAUGGAUGAUUGUUUUUUUUGCUAAGUGGACUUUUCCUUCCCAGUUACGAGUUGGUGUCUCUGUUCCUGGUUUAGAUCAUGGACAGCAUGUCAUUCUUGGAUUUGAAGACCGUGAGUGGUGUGGCUCCCCACGAUUUUAUGCUAGGCUUUUCACUCAAGGAAAAGGGUUUUCAUGCUAUCAAAGUAUUGAUGACAUCUUCUCUUUAGGAGAAGUGGAGUUGUGUUUUAUAAGCUGCGAAUUUCUUGAGUUGGGGAAUGGUGAGUUCUUUGGCAUCUUGAUAUGUCAGAAUAUAGAAUUGGAGGACUACUAUCUUGUUGUAUCAACAUUUUGCCUUGGCGUGAUUACUACACCUGCGCCCUCAUUUCCUCCUGUAGAGGAUCCUUUGGAAACCCAUUUCCUUGAGGUUAACCCCAGGAACCAGCAAGUGUUCAAAUUGGAAUUGCCUCCCCAUGGAUGCCCCUAUAUUGAAGGAGCAGCAGUUCUUUAGGUAUCUCCUAACUCAUUAUUUGCAUUAUUCUCUUUAUUCAACAUUUAUCCUGCUUCGCUUUUUGCUUUUCCUAUUUAGAGUUUGUUUGCUCAUCUUGUCAUAGUAUGUACAUAGAAAGGGAUCAUUAUCUUCCCAAAACCUUAAUAGAAUAAGGACUUGAGUUUUCACUCCACUGGCUCUAUACUUCUGAUAAUUCUUGAACCUAAAUUCUAGGGAUGGCAAUCAUCACAUGUUCUCCCUCUCUUUAAAUCUGAGCCAGUAACUCCACUGGAUCUUUGAUCUUGCAAAAUUUUUGUCAUCAAAUCCUGAAUGUAUUAUGAGUAUGAGUAGAUAUGUAGGCCGGGGUAUCAUAGAAGUAAUUUCAGUUACGCACACCUCAAUUUUGACCAUAAAUGAAGUCACCGAUGUGACACGUAAACGCGAAAAUCAUGGGGAAACGGGAAACUUCAACUUUUGCUCAAAAAACGCUUGUUUGAAGAUUUUCGGAAGAGUUUGUAAAGUUUCCAAAACGGAAACAUACUCUUUCACGAGAGUUCCCGUGCUACAUAGGAAUUCACUAAUUCAGCGAUCAUUGAGGUUGUAAAAUAUGUUGGAGUUGUUGUACCAUACCUAUUUCCUCCGUCAUCUCCUUUGCCUCCGUUCCGUUAAAUUUCCGUGAGUAUCGCUUCCCUAUUCGCCUGUUUGACUUCUAGCCUUGUGAGCAUCCCAAAUGGUACCCGCAUUCCUCCGUUACACUGUUAAGCAACCAGUCAGGCGAGGGGACAGGAUGAGAAUGGCUACUUGGCCGACGCAAGGGGACCCUGAGCGACGGAUUCCGCGACGCAACAGGGGUUGCUUCUACGACGGCCAGGCACGCACGCGGUGGCUUCCAUGCCAACUUCAGCCAUUUGAAAUCCAGGCUUAAGUUACAUUUGAAACUAGAAAUCCAGUCUUCUCCGUUGUUACGUUGGGAUAAGUGCUAUGAAUUUUUUAGUUUCAACCAAUGGGCCAAAUCUGUGUUGAAAUGAUUAUUCAUUAUCCUUAUUGUGUGAAAACGGAACCAAUAACUCGAAUGCCUUUAGUCCAUCAAUACAUGAUAUACCACCUGAUUAAUGCUAGAUGACAUUUCGCUUAGUUCAUCGACCGUCUUGCUCGAAGUUACUUAACAAUAGCAGAAUUGUUUGGCAAGCGACUACUCUCGAUCUCCUUUAAUCUUCUUCACAUCUCCAUAUGUCCAGCACGUACGUGUUGUGCACUUUGUUCAAGGCUUCUUGCUGUUUUAUCUGUGCACUUUGUAUGGUAUGAAUCAGGCAUUAAGGACCUCUUCAUUUGGAUUGGACUUUUCUGGUCUUCCAUGUUUUUCAAAUUCAAACCCCAUGGUAUAUGGUGAGGAUCGGUCUAGAACUCACCCGAAGGACAAGUAGUAUGCUUGUGUGUAAAUAUUGAAUAACAAAAAAAGUAAAGCCAAUAAAGACUAAGAAGAAUGGCUAAAGACCUAAUUUAUUCAUAUACUACUAUUCAAGUUCUAUUGUAAAAUUAGCGCAACAAAAAAAUCUCAUCCCUAAUGCUUUACCAAAUGGAUCUUAUUGUCAUACUUUUCAGGUAAUUUAUUUAAUAGGCAUUGCUAUAUAUUUCGUUUUGUAUAUGUCAGUUUCAUCUAAAAUAUAUUAUUGAUGUUAUUGUCAUACUUUUCUAUGUCUCAUAUAAUUGUUAUCCUAAUUUUUUCGCAUGACUUCAUCCUACAUAUUCAAAGAAGUCAUUUUUUAUUUUACACAAAUACUAUUGGGCAUUAAUCUCAUCGCGCAACGCGCGUCGAAUUAACUAGUACUCUUUAAAAGGAGAAAGAGGGAUGUUGGGUGGAACAUACGAACGUACAAAAAUAAACACUUGCUCUCUUGCUUUGCCAUAUUGUAUUACUAUUAACUGCAGUAAUAGUAAUAAAAUACUUAGACUACUUUAUAUACAAAUCACUUGUUCGGUGUUAUUUUAUCGGUAACUAAAAUACACCAUACACCUUCUUUUUAUCCCAAAAGUUCUAUCUUGUAACCAGUGGCGGACCCAGAAAAACAUAACUACGAGGUCCCUACUAUAACAUUUUUAAAUUAAUUAAACAAAGUAAAAUAUUAGAGAAGCAUAAUUUAACUUUAGGAUAAUGUAAAGUAAAAAUUUAAAUAUACAAGAUAAAUCAUGACCGCGAGAUUGAAACUGCCCUCUUUGAAGGUAACUACGACGUGCCUCGUCUUGAAAAUUAGAAUGAUAAUUCAGCAAUUUUGCUCAAUAUAUGAUCUAACUUCCAAAGAUUCAAAAUCAACAUGUUUUUCAUGUAGAUAAUAAGUCAAAUUAGUUUCACUUUCAACAAUUACUUAAUUCAAUUCUUCAUUUACUAGUGACAAAUCAUUUUAAUUAACAUUUGAAAUACUUCCGGUACUCCAAAUUUCUUAGAAUAUGAAUACAC